AUGGUGCAGCAACUAAGCCUAUUUUCUGCGAUUGAUGACGAAUCUUACGAUCUAUGCAUCUCAACUUUAGCAACACUGUCAGGAAAGCCUCCUAUUUUGUUCAGCAGCUUCUCAGCAAUGUUUAAACCUAACCCAUCUUAUGAGAUUGAAAGAGUAAAUUCAAAAAACCAACUAGUAGAGCAAAACAGGAUUAAGUUAUGCAAAGAACUCUCUAUCAACGACUUCUCACAGGGAAAAUACCCAAAGGAUUACAAUCUACUGAAACAAUUUACUACGGAUGAUCUUGCGAAUUUUGAUAUUUCCAAAUUAACCGAUUUGAUGAAUGGUAGCAGUGAUCCUGAUAAAAUGGACGUUGACGAAUGCGAGUCGUCUAUUAGUGGGAAUAGCUGGUGUCUAAACAUAUCUGAUAUCCCGUCGGCUGGUGGAAACAGGUCCGUUUCCAUGCAAUCAAUCACUGAAUCAAUCAUCCUCUCGUCAGGCGGGAGUUCAGCUUCAAUAAUUUCUUUCCUAUCGGAGCUUGGAUACAUUUUGGACUUUCAAAAUAUCACCCUUGGCGUGAAACUAAAUAUGGCGAACGAUGUUUGCCUCGAACUAAGCAAAAUUUGGCAUUUAGAUGGUCAGAAAACAGUACAGAAAACAAAAGGCGGGUUUCUGAUAAAGGCCUACGUCAAUGUUGCAAAAGGUACAGACAUAAAAAGCAUCAACCAAGGCAUAAGCUCCCUGGCCAGCCUGCAAAAAGAUUUAAGUGGCUACAUUGACUUGGAGAUUCCUGACCGCAAGGCAAUGGAUUCAAGACUUGAUAACUUAGAUGACAUAUAG